ACCAGAAAAGCAUUUUUGAAAUGAGCAACUUCCAAAAGAAAGAUGUAAGCGGAAUGCCUUCAUCAUCGAGACCACGAGGAAUGGCUGGCGCCGGAUCGGGCGGAUCUGGUCGUCCAGCUGUCACGACCCCAAUGUCCGAACGUCAACAAAUGGCUUUGUUGAUGCAGAUGACCUCAAAUACUGGUCCAAACGAUACGGAAAUGAGUCCCGGGGGUGGAAAUAAUGCGGGCUCGGCACAUUCUCGUUCAACCCGUGACCGAAUCAACGAGCGCGGCGAAACGGCGCUGCAUAUAUCGUCCAAGAAGGGCGAUCAAGAUGCGGUGAAAAAGUUGCUGGAACAAGGAGCGAACCCCAACGUAACGGACUUUGCAGGCUGGACGCCACUGCACGAAGCCUGUAACCACGGCCACUAUAAUGUGGCGCUGGCAUUGGUAAAAGCUGGUGCCAACAUCAAUGCUACCGGGUUGGAGAACGAUACGCCGCUGCACGAUGCGGCUAUCACGGGGCAGCUGAAGUUGGUGAAAAUGCUGGUCGAACGGGGAGCGGAUCCAUCCUUUAAGAACCAGAAAGGCAAAACGCCUUGCGACGUUGCUGCUGCGGCGGUCUAUAACUACUUACUGCAAGCGAGAGAUAAUGGUAGCAACCGUCACGGACAGCAUCUGAAAAAAUCAUCACCCGAUACGGGCGCCGUUUCCGGUGUUGGUCCGGGUAAGAAGUCACUGGCAGCGAGCGCUACCGGCGGUGCAGCCAGCUCGGGAGGUACGGGUGGCACCGCGGGCAACAAUCAGGACAGUGACGCCGACGACGCUCCCUCCAACACGGUCAGCGGUGCCAGUGGCGGCGUGAUGGGUGGUUCCGGAACGGUUACGACCGGCACUAAGGAUAAGGAUGAGGACGACAUUUACGAGUUUAAGUCCACACCGCGGGACUCGAGUUCGUCGUCGAGCGAUGAGAAGGAAACGAGCAAUAAUAAUGGUGCACCGAGUGGCGGCGGCGGAAGCAACAAUGCCGGCGGAGGAACCGCCAGCACUGGCCUGGGCACUGGUAGCAGCAGCAGCAGCAGCAGUAAAAAAGGAUUGGAUAAAUCGAUCGAGGACAAAUCGAUAGGCGAUGAUUCGCAGCAACCGCCCCAAGCGCAGCAACCGGAUCACCCAUCAUCGUCGUCGCAGCAGCAGACACCAACGGCGCAACAAGGUGCUGGUCAGCAGCAGCAACAGCCACACGAUGAGCCUUCGUCACAGCAUUCGCAGCCGUCACAGCAGCACGAUCAUGACGAAAAGCCAGUCAUGCAGCCGGAGCAGCCAGCGGCGGGAACCCUGACUUCCGGUGGUGCCGGAACUGGCGCUUCCGAUGGAACCGACAGUACCGGCGUUCCGGCAACCAGUAGUGGUGCAACCGCCGCUACCGGUAGUUCCACCGGUGGCACCGGUUCCUCAUCCUCCGGUAGUGUGCCCAAGCGCCCAUACUCCGAGCUGACCGAAAGCAGUGAAGAGCCGGCGAACGAGGAUGAAACGAAGCGCAAAAAGCGCAAGGAUGGAGAUCCCCUCGGUAAGGACACGGCGGCGUCGGGAAAAUCGGGCACCAGUGCCGGUAGCCGCGGAACGAUACCGCGGCAAGAUAAGGGCACCAAAUCGGCGGGUGUUCCGUCGAAAACGCUCGGUCUCUCGGCCAAGACCACCGGGCUCGAUCGGAAGAGUCCGUGCGCCAGUCCGAAGCCUUCCGCUACGGCCAGUGCCGGUGGUGGUGGCACUGGCGGCCCCUCGGUCGGUGGUACGGUCGGGGGCAAUGCGGCUCAAUCCUCUUCGGGCGGCUCGGCCGGAUCCUCGUCCGGCAGUGGCAAGGGUUCGUCCGGUACGAGUAGCAGUAACGACAGUGACGGUGAAGCCGCCACUUCCUCCGCGGCCGGAAACUUGGAGGAGUUGGCCACGGGUAAAGCGGUCGAUACUGGGUUCGGUGGUGGUGGUGGCGCUGCCGGCGGCGGAGGUGGCCCAAAGGUGCCACCGUUGAAGAUAGUUAUCCCGCAGCAGAGCGCCGGUGGUGAUGCCGACGCGGGAGGCAGCACACGCAAUGGGAAGAACGCAUCGGCCAGGAAUCAUGCCGCGUUACCGUACGUGGUGGCCUCGUCGAACAGCAACGACUCGACCGGUGAUAAGGAGAGUACCUCCUCACGCAGCGCCAGCCCGUCGGACUCGAAGAGUUCCGACGAGAAGAACCCGAACCAAUCGAAGGACGAACGGACACAGCAGCGUGUCCUGCGGAGUUCGCAUCGUGGCGGCAACGGUGGUGGUGGUGGCGGCGGUACCAGUUCAUCGAAGGAUGGUCAUACCGGGGCGGAUCGGUCAAACAACUCGUCCCCGCAGAUGCAGCAGAGCAGUGGGUCGCCUUCUCCACUCUCCAACAGUGGUUGUGAAUCGGCCGCCACCGGUGGUGGUGGUGCAGGCGCCGGAGGGAAUGGGUCAGCAACAGGAUCGUCAGCUGGCGGAAGUUCCGCAACCGUAGGAGGUUCUGCGAAUGCCGCUAGUCCAAGUAGCGCCAGUGGAGGCAAUGCCACCGUCGGCGGCACUACGGGAGGUAGUGAGUCGGAAGGUAGCGGUGCUGGAACGACGACCGGUCCGAAUCCGAAAAGCCCUUCCGGUGUAAACAAUUCGACCGGAACGACCCCAGGAGGACGGACGGAGAAUGGCUCAACGAAUAACGCCAUCACCGGUGCUGGUGCUGGUGGUUCCGAUGCCAGCGGAACGACCGGUGGAAGUGCAGGAAACGGCAGCAGUAUUGGUGGCACCUCUUCACCGGUUAACGCCGGAAGUGGCACAAACGGAAGCGUAGCUUCCGGUUCCAUGUCCACUGCAUCCGCAGUGGACGGCACGAACGGUGGUGGAGCCCCCGGAUCGUCUCAGCCUCAAAGUGGCUCCACGGUACCUUCCGUGGCCACCAACUCAUCGUCCUCGUCUUCUUCCUCCUCCUCAUCGGCCUCCGAAACGUCGGUUCAUCCGCGUAAGCGUAAGAUCAAAACGAGCAAAGAUCAGGCGUCCUCCGCGGUGACCGUAGCGAGUGGCUCGACGACCACUGGAACGGCACCACCCUCUGCCACGCCCGGACCGUCCGCUUCGUCCUCCGCUACGACGGCCGCUUCCGCAUCCGCCGCACCCGCAGCCAGCGGGAUCGCGUCGGAAGACAAGAAAGAGAUUCGCGAUGAAACCACCGACGUCCAUCCGCACGAUCAGCCGAUCACGAACUGCUACCAGAUGUACCUUAACAUACGCAAGCAGAUCGAACGCCGCCAGAAGAGCCUCUUUCCGGUGCAACCGAAGCCACCGCAGGGCUUUAAGGACUAUCUGAUGAAUCGCUGCACGUACGCACUGGCCGGCAAAACUCCGUCGGAACCGAACAUCCAGGUUCCGGCGACGUUGCCCGUUUCGCUGAAGGACCUUUUCCACGCGCAGGAAAAAGAGCGCCACAAGCUCAAGAUGCAGCACAUCGUGGAGAAGGAAAAGCUGGUGCUGGCGGUCGAGCAGGAGAUUUUGCGUGUCCACGGGCGGGCAGCACGAGCCCUGGCCAAUCAAUCGUUGCCCUUCUCGGUGUGUACCAUCCUGAAGGACGAGGAAGUGUACAACAUCAUUACGCCCGAGCAGGAAGAGAAGGAUCGGAACGCUCGCAGCCGGUACAACGGGCGGCUGUUUUUGAGCUGGCUUCAGGACGUGGACGACAAGUGGGAGAAGAUUAAGGAAUCGAUGCUGCUGCGGCAUCACAACGAGGCGGAAAGCUUACACGCGGUACAGAAGAUGGACUGGGAGUGGAAGAUGAAGGAGCACUCGCUCUGCGAGUUCAAGGCGAAGCCGAUCAUCGACGACGACGACGUGCCGAUGGUGAACGUGAACGACGAUUUCGAUCUGCUGCCGGCGUAAAAUGCGCCCGGCUGGUGGGAGCGCUCACCCUUUGAAUACGCCUUUCGCUUAUCUGUCCCGCAAAUGGGGACCGCAAACCCGCAAACAGGGACACACCUUGGUGUUAGACUGGAACAGGAACAAGAUUGGGGCGAUCUUUUCUAACGAUACUAAAUAGAGUAAGAG